AUGUUGAUUUGGAAUGUUAGAGGCAUGAACAAAGCUAGUAGAAGAAGGGAUAUUAAAAGACAUAUACAUUCUUUGAAGCCAAGUGUGGUUGGAUUGUUAGAGACAAAAGUUAAGUCAUCAAAAUCUCACAGAAUCACAAAAUGUAUCCCUCCUCUUUGGUCAUAUUGCAACAAUUAUAUUGCUUCAAAUAGAGAAACAACUAGAUCAUCUUUAUGGACUGAUAUUAGUGAUAUACAUAAGCAAUAUCACACUCUGCCAUGGUUGUUAGUGGGAGAUUUUAAUGUUUGUAGAUUCUCUUCUGAAAAAAUUGGUGGUACUCAUCUGUCAGUUAAGAAGCUACAGGAGUUUAAUGAUUGUAUUCAAAUUUGUGGCCUUUCUGAUAUCAAAAGUACUGGUUCAACCUGGACAUGGCACAAUAAACAAAAGGGCAUACACAGAAUCUAUGGUAAACUAGACAGAGCUCUGGGAAAUUCUAAGCUGAUUGAUCUAUUUCCUCAAGUCUUUACAGAGUAUAAAAAUACCUCAUCAAGUGAUCAUACUCCAGCUAUUAUCCAUCUUCAGCCUAAUGUUAAUUCUGGUCCUAAGCCUUUCAAAUUUUUUAACUAUUGGAUGAAAUGUCAAGGUUUUUCUGAUGUUAUCAAAACUGCUUGGGGAAAACAGUUUACAGGUUCUCCUAUGUUUAUUUUGGUAUCUAAACUAAAAGAACUCAAGUCAGCUCUGAAACUCUGGACUAAACUCUCUCCUGUAUCCACUACAGCAAAUAUUAUGAGGUUAUCUAAUCAGCUGGAAAUUAUUCAAAAAGAGUUAAAUAGGGAUAUGGAUAAUGAAAGCUUACAGUAUACUGAAUCUGCUCUAUGUUAUGAACUUGAUGGCUGGCUAGAAAAGGAGGAGGAGGAGAUGAGGCAGAAAAAUGCAGCAAAGCAAUGGUUAGUUCAGGAUAUCAAUUACAAGGAAAUAAAGAAUGCCCUUUUCCAAAUGCAUCCAGAUAAAGCACCAGGUCCUGAUGGCUUCAAUCCUUAUUUUUAUCAACAAAAUUGGGACAUUAUCAAAGGGGAUGUUGUUAUGGCAGUUAAAUCCUUCUUCUCAUCAGGGAGACAGAUAGGUGAGUGUUCAUUGCUAGCUCAUGAAUUGCUUAGAGACUUCAAUAAGAAACAUGGAAAGAGAGCAUGUCUGAAAAUUGAUCUGCAUAAGGCUUUUGAUAGUAUCAACAGAGAAUUUGUUUAUUAUAUCAUGCAUUGCAUGGGUUUUCCAAUUAAAUGGAUCGAAUGGAUUAAGGAAUGCCUUUCAACUCCUUCUUUUUCUGUCCUUCUAAAUGGCUGCUCCUCAGGAUUCUUUCAAAGUAAUCGAGGAAUUAGACAGGGAGAUCCUCUUUCUCCAUACAUCUUUGUUUUAGUUAUGGAAUUUUGGUCAAUUGGCAUGGAAAUAGCUACUAUUUCAAGGAAUAUUCAAAAUUUUCACAAGCAACAGGAUCUCCAAAUUUCUCAUAUUUUAUUUGCGGACGAUAUGUUGGUCUUUUGUAGGGCAAAUAAGAAAUCUUUUGAAGGCAUCAACAAUCUGCUAUCCUCUAUGGAAUUGAAUACUGGAUUGAAAAUAAACAGGAGCAAGAGUAAAAUUUUCUUCAGUAAAGGGUGCAAUAAUAAAGGUGAAUUAAGUUCUAUUGUGGGAAUUUCUAAAGGGAAAUUGCCUAUGAAAUAUUUGGGAUUACCUCUAACAGUUAACUAUCCAAAAUCGAAAGAUUUUCUUCCUUUGGUUGACAAAAUCAGAAAUAGGAUUGAGGGAUGGAUGACAACCUCCUUAUCUUUUGCUAGGAGAUUAGAACUAUUAAAAUCAAUCCUUUAUAGUACUUCUGCUUACUGGUACUUGGUAUUCAAGUUUCCACAAUCUAUUGUGAAAAGUCUGGAAUCUAUAUUUGCAAAUUUCUUGUGGGUUGGUAAGCUUCAUGCUAUUAACUGGAAUGAUGUCUGUCUGCCAAAAAAAGAAGGAGGUCUUGGUCUGAGAAAAAUUGAUGAUUUAAGUCAAGCUGCGGCACUAAAGCUGAUAUGGAGAUUACUUACUUCUAAUACACUCUGGGCAAGUUGGAUGCAAGGCAGAUAUAUUAAAGGGAAUAAUUUUUGGGAUACUACAUCUAAUUUAUUGGAUUCUGGAACCUGGAAGCAUUUAUCAAAUACAAAAGUUAAAGCUCUCGAAUGCAUUUCUCUUACACCCUCAAAUGCUAACACCUCAAUUACAGGUCAGCAAGAUGGUUGGAAAUGGCUGCCUACAGGUUUGUUGGGCCCUCAUGAGGGUUAUUUUUACACUUCUUCUGUGUUUACGCUGUUCAUUGUAAUAGUGUGA